GCUCGGAGGCUGAGCCGUAGGGAGGGGGGAUUAGAGCCAGAGGCUCCUAAGGAAGAUCAGAGCCCCCCCCUACCCCCCCCGCAUUGGAUCCAAGCAGGCAGCCGCUCCCUCCUCCGGCACCCCCUCCCCGCAGCCCGGGAACCAAGUAAUCCCCAUCGAUGAGGAGGAGGAGGAAGAGGAGACAAAAGGGGAUUUCAGCUCUGAAGUGACAGCAAGGGAAAGGAGAAGCCGCAGCGGAGGCAGAGCAGAGCUGCAGGUUCUCCAAGGCACCCACCCGGCAGCACGGCCCCAGGAAGGGGGACCCCACCACACACGCGCCUUCCAGCUGUCGGCUUGCUCUCUUCUGCCUUUGAUGCCAUGGGUAACAGCUUCUCUAGCAUCCCUGCACUGCCCAGAGGCAACCAGAGCAGAUUCCACAGGGUCCACCACCAGCACCUCAAAGACUCUAUAGGUGGACCCUUUCCGGCUUCCUCUCACCGAUGCCACCACAAGCAGAAGCAUUGUCUGCCCAUCACGCAGUGCGGAGCUUUGUCAAUAAGCCCACUGCUUUUCCAUCCCCACGCCAAGGGGUCCCAGAUCAUCAUGGACACGGCACAGAAGGCAGUGAAGCGGCAGGCCAGCUUCUGCAACGCCAUCACCUUCAGCAACAGGCCUAUCGUGAUCUACGAGCAGGUCAGGUUAAAGAUAACAAAGAAGCAGUGUUGCUGGAGUGGGGCUCUCCGACUCGGAUUUACUUCCAAGGAUCCCUCCCGGAUUAAUCCUGACACAUUGCCAAAGUACGCUUGCCCGGACUUGGUUUCCCAGAGUGGAUUCUGGGCCAAGGCCCUGCCAGAAGAGUUUGCAAAUGAAGGAAACAUCAUAGCAUUCUGGGUGGACAAAAAGGGCCGGGUGUUUUAUCGGGUCAAUGACUCUGCUGCGAUGUUGUUCUUCAGUGGGGUGAGGAUCACGGAACCCCUGUGGGCUUUGAUUGACGUGUACGGACUCACCCGUGGGGUGCAGCUAUUAGACAGUGAAAUUAUUCCUCCCGACUGCCUGCGUCCGAGAUCUUUCACUGCAAUUCGCCGGCCCUCGCUGCGCAGGGAGACAGAGGACACCCGGCUCUCCGUGAGCCUCUGCGACCUCAACCUCCAGGAAGAGAACUUCCACGUGCUGGCCACCAUGUGUCCCAUCCCUCAGAACUCCCUCAAUUCUCAGCAUUCCCAUCUCUUCCCAUCCCAGCUCGAAAGUGACCUCCGCUUCCACCAGCUCAGGGGAGCCCAUGUCAAAAUCCUGGACGACCAAACUGUGGCCCGGCUGGAACAUGCCCGGGAAGAGAGGACUUUGGUUUUCACCAGCAGACCCCUUAGAAUCAAUGAAACCAUUUUUGUCAAAAUUAACAAAUCAAAUGCCUCCCGCUCCGGCACACUGUCAUACGGAGUGACCUCUUGUGACCCUAGUACUCUGAGGCCCAGUGACCUUCCUUAUAACCCAGAGUCGUUGGUUGACAGGAAGGAAUUCUGGGCAGUGUGUAGAGUCUUGGUGCCCCUCCAGAGUGGAGACAUCUUGGGGUUUAUGGUGAAUUCAGAAGGCGAACUGCAUUUGAGUCAUAAUGGUGCCAGCGCCGGCAUGCAGGUCUGCGUGGACUGUUCCCAGCCCCUCUGGAUGUUCUUUGGUUUACAUGGAGCAGUUAUGCAAAUUCGAGUAUUGGGUUCCACCAUAUUGGCCGAGCGACUGGGCCCAUCUACACCGAGCUCUCCCACUUCAGCCCCAAAUUCCCCCACGGUUCUCUGCAGCGGGGUUUCUGAUCCAAUCCUGAGUACGUAUGGCUCCGGUCUGCUCUGCAGCUCCAUCAGCGGCACAGCUCCAAACUCCCCGGUCAGCAUGCCGGAGUCACCCAUCUCCCCAUCUGGCUCAGGGAUCUGGGGGGACGAGUGCACCAUCUGCUACGAGAACAUGGUAGAUACCGUCAUUUACUCCUGUGGACACAUGUGUCUCUGCUACCCGUGUGGGCUGAAACUCAAGAAGAUGGCCAACGCCUGCUGCCCGAUCUGUAGACGGGCCAUCAAGGAUAUCAUCAAAACUUAUCGCAGCACUUAGACCAGCAGCAUGGGUUGGGGGGGGGGGCAGACGUGAGAGGAGCGAGGGGUCUCUGUCUUCACUCAUCAUUUGUGAAAUUCAACAUCUGAACCACCCCCAGGAUGCUGGAGGCAGGGAGGGGAGGGUCCUGCUGGUGCCAGCUCUUCCCUUCCCUUUGCCCCCAACGAGUUCUGAACUCCAGCACAUCAGGGAAGUCAAGAUGAACCACUCUUUCCAAUGGGUUUUACAUUUUAAUCUCAAGAAAACAGCUGGAGCCGUUCUUCCUCUUCUACAGCAUGCCCAGGGAUGUCCCCGCCGCUAGGCUAGCGGGAAAGGUGCGGUGAGGCACACCUUCUGCCCGGUGGACAGUGACAGUAGGCAGCUGGUGAGUGGCAGUAAUACAGAGAAGAAAGUCGGCCUUUUGGGGGCAACUGACCCCAUUUCACAAAAGCCUCUUAAAUGGGCAGGGCUGCGUGGGCCGUUCGGAAGAGCUGGGUGUCCAGCAGGAGUACUGGCGGCAAAGGGUGUGACAGGGCCAGUCUGGCAGGAGAUACAUUAUAAAGCCAAACCCUUUUGCUGGUGGCAGAAUAGUUCCCAGGAACCCUGCUCACUCGAUGCUCUCCGGGGAGCGGUGGCUGGAAAUCGACGGGCUGAAUGCUGCGUGGGGGGAGAGUGGGGCCCAUGGCAGCGGAUGGGUGUGCAGCAUGUGGUUCCUGCGAAAGACUCUAGGGGGGGCAUGGCUCUGCGUGUCGCCGUCCAGCGAGGUGACGGGGUUACGUUUUCAGCAGCCUUGCCCCAGCGGCCUGGCUCCUUGUGGCACUGCACGACUAUAACCCCACUGCACCGAUGCUUGCUCCUGAGUUCUCCCUGCCCUUCACAAGCCAAAGGCCUCUCCCCUGACCCCUCAAUCAGCACUUGCAAAAAACACUGAGGAAGAAUGUCUACACCCGCCCUCCCACCAAUGCUCUGUUUUUAUGGUAGAGUGUUAAAUGUCUCUCUUUGCUUUAAAGGAAGGAAACUUGGGUGGUGAUUACACGCUCUUGGCCACACUGAUGUGACAGGGUGGUCAACGCACUUAGUCAUCAACAAGCAAAAAAGGAAGAAAGUGGCUUAAAACAGAUUUUGUUUCUUUGUUUUAAUGAAGGAGCUUCUGAUUAAAAUAAAAUAAAUAAAUAAAUGGAGAUAUCCCAUCUCCUAGAACUGGAAGGGAC